GCGGGACGGCGGACUUGCGAGCUGGUGUCUUUGGCUCCCGUGCGGCGACUGCGAGCGAGAUUCUAAGAUGGGUGAUAUUGAGAAGGGCAAAAAGAUUUUUGUCCAGAAGUGUGCUCAGUGCCAUACCGUGGAGAAAGGAGGCAAACACAAGACUGGGCCCAAUCUCCAUGGUCUGUUUGGGCGGAAGACAGGUCAGGCACCUGGAUUCUCUUAUACUGAUGCUAACAAGAACAAAGGCAUCACCUGGGGAGAGGACACGCUGAUGGAGUAUUUGGAGAACCCCAAGAAGUACAUCCCGGGAACAAAAAUGAUCUUCGCUGGCAUUAAGAAGAAGACCGAGAGGGCAGAGUUGAUAGCUUACCUCAAAAAGGCUACUAAGGAGUAAUAGUUGGCACCGCCUUAUUUAUUACAAAAAUAUCUCAUGACUUUUUUAUGUGUACCAUAUUUAAUUCCAUCUCGUUCAUCAGAAUUCAGAUCAUGAGUGGCUGGUGUAGCGUUUUUGGUUUUUUUUUUUUUUUGUUGGACGGCCCUGAUUUAAGUAAGAUUGGCUUGUGUUUAAAUGACUUAUCAGCUUUUUGAAUUUUGAUAAUUCCAGGUCAGCAAGUGAAAAUCACUUUGCUCCUUCUAAA